CGAAUCUAUCCACGAGCUCAAAUACCAUCAAGAAUCCUAAACAUCUGUAAGCCAAAAAAAGAAAGGAAAAACAAUGAGAAAACCUCAUAUUUUGAUUAUACCAUUUCCAGCACAAGGCCAUGUGAUUCCCGCUAUGGAGCUCGCACUUAAUUUAGCAGAACACGGUUGCAAGAUCACAUUUGUCAACACUGAGUUCAAUCACGAACGGGUUAUGAAAUCAUUGCCGGAGGCAGACAGUGUACGAGAACUCGUACAAAUGGUUUCGUUACCUGACGGGUUAAAACCCUCUGACGACAGAGAUGAUAUCGAAUUGUUGUGGGAAUCAAUUUUCGAUGUCAUGCCCGGCGAGCUGGUGGCUCUUAUUCAGCGGAUUAAUGGCUCCGAAAGUGAAAAAGUCAGCUGUUUAAUUGCUGACGUCACCAUGGCAUGGGCUCUGGAGGUUGCGGAGGAAAUGGGAAUCAAGAAAGCAGCUUUCUGGCCAGCUGCCGUGGCGUUAUUGGCACUGAUCUUGGAAAUUCCAAGGCUUACUGAGGACGGGAUCCUUGAUAGUGAUGGACAACCCAUGAAAAUGCAGAGUAUUCAACUUUCGCCAACAAUGCCUUUCAUAAAACCAACGGAUUUCCAUUGGAACUGUGCAGGUGAUCAUAAGCGAGAAAAAGGCGUCUUUAAAUUCUUCGUAAAAGUUAUAAAGCCAACAAAAUUAGCAGAAAGGCUGAUCUGCAACUCAUCAAAUUGCUUGGAGUCUGGAACAUUUGCUUCAUAUCCUGACUUCUUAGCCAUAGGCCCUCUUCUUGCAAGCAACCGACUUGGAAAAUCAACCGGCUCCUUCUGGCAAGAAGACUCAGGUUGUCUGGCAUGGCUUGACCAACAACCUCCCAAAUCUGUCAUUUAUGUUGCAUUCGGGAGUUUCGCUGUGUUUAACCGCACUCGGUUCGAAGAAUUGGCCCUUGGCCUUGAACUCACCAAUAGGCCAUUUUUGUGGGUUGUGCGGGAAAACAUAGUUGGAGACAUCAACAAUGCUUACCCAACAGGAUUCAAAGAAAGACUGGAUCGUCGGGGCUGUAUAGUGAAUUGGGCGCCGCAGCAAAAAGUCCUAUCACAUCCUUCUAUUGCUUGUUUCAUUAGCCAUUGUGGUUGGAAUUCUACCCUUGAAGGCAUAAGUAAUGGAAUCCCUUUUCUUUGUUGGCCCUAUUUUGGAGAUCAGUUGUUCAAUCAGAGCUAUAUUUGUGAUUAUUUGAAGAUUGGAUUGGAACUGAACAAGGAUGAAAAUGGUAUCAUCAGACGUGACGAAAUAAAGAAUAAGUUGGAAAGAGUGUUGGGUGAUGAAGGAUUUAAAGAAAGGGUGUUGGAUCUACAAGCAAAGAUUUUGAAUAGUGUUAGAAAAGGAGGGAGUUCGCACAAGAAUUUUGAAGAUUUUUUGUCUUGGAUAAAAGAUUAAAAAUUUUCUUUUCUUUUUGCGAGAAUCUUGAUUUUAAUUUAUUCAAGCACAAUACAUUACAGGAAUAAAAAGCAAUGUCUACUUAUUUCAAAUGUUCUC